CGGCAGUGCACCCCAAUUAGAACAUUCACAGAAGUCGCCAAACGGUCGCACAAUAAAACAGUUCAGAUCAGACAUCACACUCUGUCGAAAACAACCUGUUUGAGUUUAGUAGAAGCGUGCUGACAGUUGGAUCCACCAAACCAAGGUCGAGGAAAAAGUCGAAAAACCGUCGUAAAUUUUCCGCGCUUCUUAUUGCUUUCGCUGUCGUUGUCGCACCAGAAAUUCCCCUCCUGGGAAGUGUUAUUUGUGUGGGACAGAAGUGAAAAUCUGAUUUUACGAACCAGAGGAUCAAAACAAAAACGAAAUUAAUAAGCGCUUGUCAGUGGAAAACGCGGGAAACGUUGUUUGGUAUUUUCAUCGAAUAAGCUAAUGCGCAUGGUCACACAUGUAGCAUACCAUCCAUGUUCUAGUGGAGAACGUACAUAGGCCUAUAAGCACAGACAAGCAGCGCAAAAAUUGAUUUCUUCGACACGGCUCCGGCUGGACUGCAAGAUAUCGUGAACAGUGGCAAUGUGUUCAUCGAUACCACCAAGCUUCCGUGUUUGAAACAGUGCUGAUCAACCAUAUUCAGCUCCAUAAUAGAAGGUCCACCCUCAUGAAGUAGCUCAAUAGUCUUUUAAAACUAGGACCAUCACUUGCCAACUUACUUUCCACCCAAAGUGCCCAAUUUAAAAAUAAAGGAAGAAAGUAACAAUGGCACAACUAUUGCGAGCGUUUUCCAGCUUCUUUAACAAACAUCCACUAGCUGGAAAUGGGCUUGUAUACGGAAGCUUGUACGUGGGGGCAGAAUUUUCUCAGCAAACAAUAACGAGAAAGUUCUUGACUGAUCCCCCACAGGAUAUCGAUAAACCAACACUGGGACGUUAUGCCGUCAUGGGGACGUUCGUUUAUUCGCCGAUUCUCUAUAAUUGGUACAAAUGGUUAGAUAGGACCUUUCCAGGCACAGCCAAACGGAUCAUUGUGAGGAAACUACUGCUGGACCAGUUUAUAUUGACGCCGCCACUGUUGGUGAUAUUCUUCACAGGGAUGUCCCUGAUGGAACGGCAAUCCAACAUCCUGGAGGAAUGCAAGCAAAAGUUUGUGCCAACAUUUGCCCGCUCUUGCCUGUUCUGGAUGCCAGCGCAAACGCUCAACUUCCUCCUGGUGCCUCCCAAGUUUCGCGUCGUGUACGUUGGUUCCUGUGCCUUUGCCUGGGUUAACAUCCUGUGCUGGGUCAAGCGACAGAAAAUGGCCCCAACCACAGCCAACGCCAGUACCGCCAGUGCAAUUAUGCCAGCCAAAGCAUCUUCUUCUACCUCUACGGUCGAUGCACAAUAACACAAGAGAUUCAUGCAAAGUAGCAAACUGAUUUUCAACUCGAAAAAUAUAAUGUUUUUUUUUUUCAAUCUUAGCUAGGAUCUCCGAAGUACAGAAAACAGUUAGUUCAUGAACAAUUUACUAUUAUAACGUUAGCUCAAAAGUCAUUUUUUUUAAUUCUAAUUAGAAACGAACUUUGUGCUAUAGGGCUCCCUACACAUUCUCGUAAUCAAGUAAGUGGAAUGAUGUUUUGUAGUCAAUAAACACAACACCAGAGUCCCUCUAUUGUUGACA